AUGAGCACUGGCCACGGUAAAUCAACGUGUGUUCUUGAGGAAUUAGCACAUUUGUGCGGUUUUGUUCAGUUCUUCCGAAUUUUCCGACUUUCCAACUUGGGACACUUAUCCGUCUGCAACAAUGUUUUUAUCAGGUUUAUUCCUGACGACAGUCCUAGCUGUUGCUAACGCUCUCUACUCGUCUUCUGACGAUGUCAUCAAUCUUACACCGGCAAAUUUUGAGAGUAAAGUGAUGAACAGCGACGAAGUUUGGUUUGUCGAAUUCUACGCACCAUGGUGCGGUCAUUGCCAACAAUUAGCGCCAGCUUGGAAAAAGGCAGCAACAGCACUUAAGGGUGUGGUGAAAGUAGCCGCGGUGGAUGCCAAUGAACACAAUUCUCUCGGCGGGAAAUAUGGUGUUCGAGGAUUCCCCACAAUUAAGAUCUUCGGUUUGAAUAAAAAUUCACCUGAGGAUUACAAUGGAGCCAGAAGUGCUGACGGCAUUGUGAACGCUGCCUUAGAUCAUGCAAGGAAAUUGGUCCAGUCGAAGAUGUCUGGGAAAUCCGGGAGUGGAGGUGGGAGCAGGUCUGGUGGCGGAUCCGGAGGCUCGGGUAACCAAGAAGACGUCAUCGAACUUACAGAUUCAAACUUCGAGUCGCUCGUCAUCAACAGCGACGACGUGUGGUUGGUCGAAUUUUACGCGCCUUGGUGCGGUCAUUGUAAACGUUUGGCGCCGGAGUGGAAAAAAGCCGCAACGGAGUUGAAAGGAAAGGUGAAGGUCGGUGCGCUCGACGCUGACCAACAUAAACACAUGGCGCAGAUGUACCAGAUCCAAGGAUUCCCCACAAUCAAGUGGUUUGCCAGCGGAGUGAAGCGAGGGCCCCAGGAUGCUCAUGACUAUGAUGGCAGUCGAGAUGCUAGUGGAAUCGUCGCUUUUGCUCUCGAUAAAGUUUCUGAGAACAUACCUCCUCCAGAGAUUAAACAGCUUCUGAAUGACGAGAGUGUGAAGGAGGCCUGUGACGAACAGCCUAUCUGCGUCAUCUCAUUCUUGCCGCACAUCCUCGACAGCCAGGCAGCCGGCCGAAACAAGUACAUCAACAUCCUAAAAGAGCUUGGAGAAAAAUAUAAGAAGAAAUUGUGGGGUUGGAUAUGGUCAGAGGCGGCGGCCCAGAUGGAUAUUGAACAGGCACUGGAAGUGGGUGGUUUUGGAUAUCCAGCUUUAGUGGCCAUUAAUGCAAAAAAGGCUAAAUAUGUGUUGAUGAGAGGUGCUUUUACUAAGGAAGGAAUUGAUGAAUUUUUACGGGCGAUUGCUGUGGGGCGGGGUAGGACUGCUCCGCUAAGGAACGAAAAAAUACCUAAGGCGACAAAAGUUGAUGCCUGGGAUGGCAAAGAUGGACAGCUACCGGUAGAAGACGACAAUGAUGACACCGUUGCGGAUGUGGAUGACAAGAAGAAAAAGACUGAAUUAUAAGAAAAGCGUUUUUAGAAAAAAUAUGAAAGAUCUGAAUUAGUUCUCCUGUCCUUCUCAACAAAAAAAGUCAACUUUUGCUUUAAAAAAUCCCACUUCGAGGGAUAAAGAGGUUAAUUUUUUUCUAAGUUCUUGUUGUUGCUUGUGAGCAGUUCAUAUUUGGAAUUCCACUAUUGGAUUAGGUUGAUAUUCAGUUGCUCACACAUCUAAAAGGUGUUUUUGUGUCUCAAUUAUGAAGAAAUAUACGUCCACUUGUAACUGAUGGUGAGGGCUAAUUCAGAUAUACUGUGGCCUGUAAAGACUUUGCGGCAUUUUUUGGUGGUUCACCACAAUACUUUACAUUUUGUGAGUGUUUUUUUCAUGGACCAACUAGAGCUUUUUAGGAUCUUGUUGGCCCAAAAAUAUUUCCAACUCUUGUUAAAAAAAAUUGGUAUUUGAUUGAAUUAUUUAAACGACCGCAAAACUUCUCAGGUUACAGCUAUUGAUAGGUAUGUAAAUAUUAAAUCUUGGAAUGCCAUUAUUUGAAGGGUUUAAAGUUGCGUUGCUCUAUACAGGGUGUCCCUGAAAAAUGCAGGGUCAGGUCCUAUGAUGUAGGGACCCAAGAUACAGUCACCAUUAUAUUUUUAAAAACUGAGGAGGGGCAUUUUGGACAGAAUUUUAAGUUGCAUAAAAAGGAUUGUGUGAAUCAAGUGAUGAAAUUAAAUUGUGUAUUGACUUAUUUCUGGGACACCAUGUAGAUCAUACAAUAUAAUGUUUAAACGGAUUCUGAUGUGCAAAUGUAAAAAAUCCAGAAUGGGUGUGAAAGAGUGAAAUCUUUGAGGCCAAAUUCUUUUGCAUUAAUCAAAGAUUAUAUCCGGGGAUAAAAGCUAUUGCAGGGUGUAUCUUUAACAUCUUCAAAUGUGGUAUCAAAAUAUGAAAUCUUGCUGUAUUUUUCUUCAGCAAAUUUCAUGAUCAUUGUCAUUGUCAUUCUUAGCAUCUCUGUUAAAACAAGUUCAAAUCAUGCACUUGCCACGCAGGGAUGGUAUAUCUGAUGUAGGUGUUCCUAAUUAAAAACAUUAAACCAGGAAGAAGUGUUCACCCAUCUUAUGCGUCAGACGCAACUAGGCGGCCGCUGUUGUAUGCCGGAAAACAGCAGAGACCCAUGAAAGGCCUACAGGACUUUUUUCAUAGGACCACUGGACUACCAUUUGGUGUUGGCUAAAAUUUCAAAGGGCACCCCACCCCUCUUCUUUCCAGAGAAUACAUAGGCACUGGACACCCCUUUCAGUCUAAUUGAAUCAGUCUUGACUGCCAAUGGUUGUGCGUUUGAGUAUGCAGUCACUUCAAAUCUACGAAACUGGUUUCUGCAAUUUGCCACAGGAAUUUGUUAUUUGUCUUUCAUUUUGUUUCGUAGUGAUUUUUUUAAAAGCUGGAAAAGGGAUUUUCAAUUGCAGAAUGUUGUGUUAUCUGUGCUAGUACUAGUUUAAAACAUAAAGGUACUGUAGUCAUGUACAGUCAGAUUUAACGUUAAUUUAAGAGUCGGUUUGUAUAUCCAGUAGAGAUAGUUGUUUAUUUCGAAAUGCAAAAGUAGGAAAGGCAGACGUCAGGACUUUGGACAAUAUUGAAGCCUCAAGCACAAGUUGACCACAAUAUUAGUUCAGCCUAAAAAUUCAUGAGACCACAUACGCUAUACACGAUUCCCAGGCCAACUGUUAUUUUUUGUCGCUACAGUGAUUUGAUCUAAGUGGCUGAUAUCGACCUGAGUUCUCCCCUAUCUCACUUCGUGGAAUCAGGAACCACUGUGUCUGAAAGCCUUUGAUUUUUGCUGGCCAUCCCCAUUCACUUCCCUUGAUGGGGAAGGCCAGUUCAAAAGAAGAAGACGUACUGACUUUGUCAACUUCGUCCCUGGUGCUGGGGCAUAAGGCCUUCACCACUGUUUGACGUUACCUUUUUACGUUGUUCCUGGCCUAGUGAACAGUGUUUCUUCAAUUGGUUCUAAAAUAUUUGUCAGAUUCAGUACUGCCCGAGAGCCAAAAAUGGUACAAUAAAUGUGGCUGGGUUUGAUGAGUUGAUCAUAUCAAAUUACAUUCCACAUGUAAAGACUCCAGUAAUUACUCCAAAUUCUUAGUCAUUGAUGAAGUGGCCUUACAUCAAUGACACUAGAUAGAGUAUGUUGUAUUAUGCACAAUCGGAAAAAAUUAACUUUUUUUGCUAAAUUCCAACUGAAUCGCUGUAGAGUAGUCAUUAGUUACAGCUCUACAAGGACUUUGGGCUCUGUCUGACGUCGAAUGGAGGACAGGUGUAAUAUGACAUUUUGUCUCAUAAAAAUUGUGUCCAAUGCAUUUUGUGGCAAACAGCCGUACCUGUUAAAACUGUCAUCCAUAUUUUACUAAAGUAUUUGAAUAAAAGUCUUAUCAUCUCUUUA